AACCCCGCUUAAGUUAGACCGACGGUUCAUUGUAAACGAGAUCCUCUCGACAGCGUGAGCUGAGUUCUCGUCGGAAGGCCCUCGUCUCCGAUCCUUUCCGAAUCUUCGUAACCCUCGCUCUCCAGAGUCCAGACCCUCCCCAUUCGAGCUGAGUAACGCCUAGGUAAGAGGAGAGUGAGGAUGAGGGCUACCGAUCAAUUGAUCUAUCUCGAGUAGUUCGGAUCGAUGGAGAGAAAAAGGAAUAGAUUGAUCCGGUCGCCUGAGAUCUUUCUCCUUCUGGCACUUCUCGCUGGCUGCUUCCGCCGCCCCGCCGCACUCUCCGUCACUGUGACCGACGUGGAGUGCGUCUAUGAGUACAUCCUCUACGAGGGCGACACCGUGUCCGGAAACUUCGUUGUCGUCGAUCACGAUGUCUUCUGGAGUUCGGAUCACCCCGGCAUCGAUCUAGUCGUGACUUCUCCAGGAGGCAAUAUUGUGCACUCAUUACAGGGAACAUCUGGUGACAAGUUUGAGUUCAAAGUUCCAGGGGCUGGAAUGUACAAGUUUUGCUUCCAUAAUCCACAAGGAACACCAGAAACUGUAUCUUUCUACAUACAUGUUGGGCAUAUUCCAAACGAACAUAAUCUCGCUAAAGAUGAGCAUGUGGAUCCUAUAAAUGUGAAGAUUGCAGAGCUUAGGGAAGCACUGGAGUCUGUUACAGGAGAGCAGCGAUACUUGAAAGCACGGGAAGCUCGGCACCGCCAUACAAAUAAGAGCACUAGGAGGCGUCUCGUCUUUUACACAGUGUUAGAGUAUCUUACACUGGUCUGUGCUAGUGUACUUCAGGUAGUUUACAUCCGCCGCCUAUUCAGCAAGACGGUGGCAUACAACAGGCUUUACUAACUUGUGUAUUCUUAUCUGUCAUAUCUAACAAUUUUUAACAUCUUAGAUUUUUUUUUUCAUGGAAUUAACAAUCAAACAGAUUGUUUGUACUUUUUUUCCCUUUCUGUUAAUCUCCUCUUUGUCAAAUCAUAGUUGCAGACUGCCACCAAACUUAUUUAUUGGGUCAUAUGACCAUGAAAGUCAAAUUGUGGUGCUUGAAAUUUGAAAGAUAACCUUAUGUUCCAUGAUUUGGAGAAAGUUCAUGGGGAUUCAACACCAACAAAUGUAGCAUUGGUAUCUGAAUUUGGAUUGUAAUCAACUAACUUUUAAAUGUUUGUCCCACUUUUUCUCA